GGAAACCGGGGUUACGCGUGUCGUUUGUCUGCACGUACCGGUGCCGGGUGGGAAAGGAUUCAUUGACUGAUUUCUGCCUGCAGCCACGAUGACAGACUCCUCACUCCUCAACUCAGAGAUGGAGUUACAGCAGCAAGAGGAGCUGUACCAACAGCUGCUUUUACAGACAAUGGGAAACAUGCAGACUGAAAAUCCAGACUCCAAAGUAAUCCGACCACAGCCUGGCAUGUGUGUAAAGACUGUCUCAGAGUCGGGCAUGCAGAAGGUCUUCAUUAACAUCUGUCAGUCUAACUCGGUCCCACGUCCACCGCACCUGUCCAGAGAGGAACUUGUAGAGCUGCUCCAGUCAGAGGAUCCCAGCGGCUACAGAGUUCCCAUGACCCUUGGCGAACCACACACAGAAAUUGACAACAACUCUAAGGGUUGCACAGCUUACGACGUGGUCAUCAAUCAGGAGUUCUUCCAGAUGUGCCAGAAGGAUCCCUUGUUCCAGCAGUUUGUUAUUCUGGUGUCUCUGGAGGGUUUAGAACAUAAAUACAACCUGGCGCUAAGUAGAGACUGGAAGGUGCUGAAGAACAGGAAGUUCUUGGGUUCUGUGAGCGAGCAGAACAUCCGGACGAAGAGCCGGCCUGUGAUUCAAGAGCUGCAGCCUCAGCAGAGCUUCUCUGCUACAGCCAGAAGACCGGACUUCACUUUGCUUGUGGAGCCUCCUGCUGGCGUCCCUGAAUACCUCAUCGCAGAAAUAAAGCUGCCUGGAGUGACGUCAUCUCGCUCUCUGGUUCUGGAUGUCGGAGAAGACCGUCUGGUGCUGACGGCUCGGCCCUCGCUCUUCCAUCUUGACAUCUUCCACCCCUUCCUCAUCGACCAGGAGAACAGUGUGGCACAGUACAACAAUAGCACUCAGAUCCUUACAGUCACCAUGCCUGUGGUGUCAUCAUGAAACUACUCAAGUAUAAUGACCAGUUAUUUCUUUAUUUGUUGCUGUUAAAGAUAAAGCUAUUAUAAUAAAAGUCUUUUUU